AUGUCCUUUUGGGUUAAUAGAGUGGAAGGGCUUUCCGACAACAAUCCCGCGGCCUUGACGUUGAGCGAUUUACUGUACUGUGACGUGAAUGACCAGGAAGAAGUCUGGAGUUACCUUAUUUUGGCCAACUACAUGGUAGAUACCGACUGGCUUCUUGAGGUAGCGCCAUCAUUGGCACAAACGAAGCGGCUACUUUGUAUCAUAUCGGGUGAGAAGGGGUAUGCAAAAAAAGUUCAAUCGUCCUCUCUUUUUAGGAGGAUAAACGCCGAUAAAAUUAGAAUUGUAGAGGCCAAAUUACCGCUUCCUUUUGGUGUACAUCAUAGCAAACUCGCUGUAUGUGUGAAUGCAAAAGGUAUUCGAGUUGCAGUAUUUACCGCAAAUUUUAUACACGAGGAUUGGGCAUACAAAACACAAGGAAUAUAUGUGCAGGACUUUCCAAGAUAUUCUACUUCACUGAAAGACACGCGUACAAAUACAACAUUUUCUGAUGGAACAGAAGAUAGGGGAAAUAGAUUUAAAAAUGAGCUGCUGGGAUACCUAAACUACUAUGGUAUAUUUUCUAACCUAAGUAAUAAAGUUGCUAUUCCAAUUACUAUAUUUGAUGAAAUCGAUUUCAGUUCUGUCAAUGUGGAAAUCAUAACGUCUAUUCCAGGGUAUCAUAGAUAUUCGGAUAGAAACGCUUACGGAUUGGGACGAAUACCGAGGGUGCUACAGGCUAUAGGUGUCGCAUCAAGUAAUAACAGGCAUGUGGCGUCACUAGUAUGGCAGUUUAGUUCCCAAGGAAAGUUGACAGAUUCCUUUCUAAAUGCGUUGGAAAAGGCGAUGCUGUCAGAGGGAGAGGACAGUGAAGAUGCGAAUAAGAAUCCUUUGUGUCACGAAGUUCAAAUUGUGUACCCAACCGAGGCUGAGGUGAAAGAAAGCUUAGAGGGAUGGCGUGGCGGGCUUGCGCUACCUUUGCGGUUGAGCUCUUGUCAUACCUAUAUUAACCAACGUUUGCAUCGCUGGGGACAAAGUAACGAAGGGUCUUGUUCAAAAGUUAUUCUCAGGAGAAGAGCAUUACCACACAUAAAAACAUACAUGCGUCUAACAGAGAAAAGAGAUGGGAUCAAAUGGUUUAUUUUGACUAGUGCUAAUCUAUCUCGUGCUGCGUGGGGCGAAUGGCAAAAAAAAGAAACUCAAUUGGCAAUUAGAUCCUAUGAAUUUGGGGUUGUAUAUGGAAAGAAUUCCUUUAUACAAUUUCUGGAAGGGAUACCUUUUAGUGUUACACCUUCUAAGCCAAUACCUAUCCCCUCUUUAGUCGAGGAUGAUGGUCUGGUGAAAGUUCACAUUGACCCCGGAGAGAAGCAAAGCAUUGAAAGAGGUCCGGCCUUGUUUUUGCCAUAUGACCCUCUUCAUCUAGAACCGUACGCAAGUACGGUUCAAAUGCGGGAGGGGAAGGGUAAUACAUGUGAAUCUCAGCUUAAUACAGAUGAUAUUCCGUGGGUCAUUGACCUGCCUCAUUUCGGCAAUGAUAUUUUUGGAAAGGAGCUACUUACUGCCAUGGAACUUGAAAGAAUCUCUGCGCACACCAUUUCUGAGAUUUCAAAGAACGAAAAUGCAGGAUGUGAAAUGUUAAUGAGGAAGCGCGAGAGGCUUGAGUAG